GCAAAUUUGAUGGGCAUCAGUAAAAGUUUAGUCACUUUCAGGCCACUGAUGAGGAGGGCUAGUAUUUCCUCCUCUUCUUCUUCCUCUUACACAUUUUACACAGUCUGCAUUUGACAUUUCACAAUAUUUUGGAACCCCAUAAGCGCGUGCACUGAUACCGUUUCCGACUUUUCCCGAUCCCCCAUGCUGGGUUUCCCAAUAUUGGGCAGUUCGGUUCGUGUUAUGAGAAAUCCUUUUUGUUGUUGCAUAGCCUUAAGGCACCGCAUGAUUUCCAGCAGCCAGAGAGAGAGACAAUCGUGUGAACUGCUCCCACUUGAAGAUGGCGGUUGUGAUGCUGUCUGGGACUGGAGCACAGUGCUGGAUCUGCAUAGGACGAUAACUUGAUGGAUAUAAAGACAAUGUUCAGUUUUUAUUUUCUCUGUCUUCUGGACUGGACUCUUUUGGGAUUGUGUUAUUAGGGCAUAGGCACACGUUCAACACCGGCUGAAAGUGGACUGGUCUUUUCGGGGACGGGGAGAGCCAGACGGAUAGCCAUAGCUUGCUAGCUAACACAUUGAUGGUAGUCCAGGCUGGGAGGAAAGUGGAUGAAAAUGUCGGAUACCAAGGUAAAAGUUGCAGUCAGAGUCCGACCCAUGAACCGGAGAGAAACGGAACUGCAUACAAAAUGUGUGGUGGAUAUGGAGGAUAACCAAACUGUUCUGCAUCCACCGCCUUCCAACAAUAAAGGAGAAAACAGCAGGAAACAAUCUAAGGUGUUUGCCUUUGACCACUGUUUCUGGUCCAUGGAUGAGUCCAACAUGCCCAAGUAUGCUGGUCAAGAGGUGGUGUUCCAGUGCCUUGGUGAGGGAAUACUGGAAAACGCCUUUCAGGGAUACAAUGCCUGCAUUUUCGCCUACGGACAAACAGGGUCAGGGAAGUCCUUCUCCAUGAUGGGGAAUAAGAAGGCUCCAGGGCUGAUCCCCAGGCUGUGCUGCUCCCUGUUUGAGAGGAUCGGCCGGGAGGACAGCCAGGUUCUCUCCUUCAAGGUGGAGGUCUCCUACAUGGAGAUAUAUAACGAGAAGGUCCGUGACCUGCUGGACCCUAAAGGGAGUCGUCAGUCUCUGAAGGUCAGAGAGCACAAGGUUCUGGGUCCGUAUGUGGACGGUCUGUCACAACUGGCGGUCACCAACUUUGAGGACAUUGAGGUGUUGAUGUCGGAGGGGAAUAAGUCGAGGACGGUAGCAGCCACCAAUAUGAAUGAGGAGAGCAGUCGUUCCCACGCCGUUUUCAGCAUCAUCGUCACACAGACACUCUACGACCUGAAGUCUGGGAACUCAGGGGAGAAGGUGAGCAAGAUGAGCCUGGUGGAUCUGGCUGGUAGUGAGCGUGUAUCUAAAACUGGAGCUGCAGGGGAGAGGCUGAAGGAGGGCAGCAACAUCAACAGGUCUCUUACCACACUGGGCUGUGUGAUCUCUGCGCUGGCGGACCAGUCUGCAGGGAAGGGGGGGAAGAAUAAGUUUGUUCCUUACAGAGACUCUGUCCUCACCUGGCUUCUCAAGGACAACCUGGGUGGCAACAGUAAGACGUGUAUGAUCGCCACGGUGAGCCCAGCAGCUGAUAACUACGAGGAGACGUUGUCCACGCUGCGUUACGCAGACCGCGCCAAGAGGAUCGUCAACCACGCCGUGGUCAAUGAAGACCCCAACGCACGCAUCAUCAGAGAGCUCCGGGAGGAAGUGGAGAAACUCAGAGUACAGCUCUCUCAGGCUGAGUCUCUAAAGGCUCCAGAGCUGAAGGAGAGGCUUCAGGAGUCAGAGAAGCUGAUCCAGGAGAUGACCGUUACCUGGGAGCAGAAACUACGCAACACAGAGGAGAUCGCUACGGAGCGUCAGCAGCAGUUAGAGAGUAUGGGGAUCUCCCUGGAGACGUCUGGGAUCAAAGUUGGAGAUGACAAGUGCUUCCUGGUCAACCUGAACGCAGACCCCGCCCUCAAUGAGCUGCUGGUCUACUACCUAAAGGAACACACGCGUGUGGGUGCAGACACCUCUCAGGACAUCCAGCUCUUUGGGAUUGGUAUCCAGUCAGAACACUGUGUGUUGGAGAUCAGCCCAGACGGGGGGGAGGUCACCCUCACCCCUAUAGAGAAUGCCAGAACCUGUGUGAAUGGAACCAUGACUGUGUCCUUGGUCCACCUGUGGCAUGGAGACCGCAUAUUGUGGGGCAACAACCACUUCUUCAGGAUAAACCUGCCUGGGAGGAAGCGGCGCGAGCGUCUGAAGGAGCUGGAGAGGGAACGUGCGUCCCCCAGGGAGAGCUAUGUUGAGGUAGACGUAGAGACAGGCAGCGAGGCCUCCUCAGAACAGGACUACAGCUAUGAGUUCGCCCAGACGGAGGUCAUGAUGAAGACCCUGGGAAACAACGAUCCCAUGCAGAACGUGGUCCAGGUUUUAGAGAAGCAGUACCUGGAGGAGAAACGCACGGCGCUGGAGGAACAGAGGAUGAUGUAUGAGAGAGAGCUGGAGUCACUACGGCAACAGCUGUCUCCUGAGAGGACCAAUCAGCAUCAGCGAUCCAGCAGCGACCGCCUCACCUUCCCCACACACACACCAUCACACCACAGCAAGAUACGCCCCUGGACUGAGGAGAGGGACGAGCUGUUUCGUCAGAGUCUGUCCAGGCUGAGGGAGCAGGUUGUCAAGGCCAACACCCUGGUGAGAGAGGCCAACUUCCUGGCAAAGGAGAUGAACAAACUGACUGACUACCAGGUCACCCUCCAGAUCCCUGCAGCUAACCUCAGUGCCAACCGCAAGCGUGGAGCCAUAGUGAGUGAACCAGCCAUCCUGGUGAGGUGGAAAGGGAAGGGGACACAGGUCUGGACCAUCGACAAGCUGGACAACAAACUAGUGGACAUGAGAGACCACUACAGAGACUGGAAGGAGGGAGCUGAGGACACGCAUACCAAGCUGAACGACCACAAGCAGCACAGUGAGUCCUUCUAUGAAGCUCAGGAGAACCACAACCUGAUAGGAGUGGCCAACGUCUUCCUGGAGUGUCUGUUCCACGAUAUCAGACUACAGUACGCUGUUCCUAUCAUCAGCCAGCAGGGGGAGGUAGCCGGCAGGCUCCACGUAGAGCUGAUGCGUGUCAGCGGGGCGGUGCCGGACCGGCUGGAGGGGGGAGAUGACUCGUCAGAGAACUCCAGUGAGAGCAGCAUCUACGAUGUGAUGGACACUCAGGGAGAGAUGGUCCACAUGGCCAGGAAACUCACCUGCAGGGUGCGUAUCAGGGAGGCCACGGGGCUGCCUCUCAACCUGUCCAACUUCGUCUUCUGCCAGUACACCUUCUGGGAGGGGGCGGAGCCUACGGUGGCCCCGCCCAUGGUCAGCCCAGACACGCCAACCACGCCUCGCACCCCCGACGCCCAGUUCACCGUCCGCUUCGACCACUGCAAGGAGUAUGUGGUCCAUGUGACAGAGGAGUUUUUAGAGUUCAUCGCAGACGGGGCGCUGGCCAUCGAGGUGUGGGGUCACCGCUGUGCCGGGAACGGACGCUCUCCCUGGGAGCUGGACGCACUGCUGGCCAAGACACGCACCCUACGAGACAGGUGGAGUGAGGUGUCUCGUCGUAUUGAGCUGUGGGUUUCUAUCCAGGAGCUGAAUGAGCAGGGGGACUACUCUGAUGUAGAGAUGCAUCCUGGGAAGGACAUCGGUACUGGAGGAGUGUUCCAGCUCAGACAGGGUCACUCGCGCAGGCUGCAGGUGUGUGUGAAGCAGGUGCAGGACUCUGGGACUCUGCCUCUGCUGGUGGAGACUGUUCUGUCUGUCUCUAUCGGCUGUGUGUCAGCACGCUCCACCAAGCUACAGAGAGCCCUGGACAGCUACCAGAGGGAGGAGGAGGAUGGAGAUAUGGAUAGUUAUCAGGAGGAGGACCUGAACUGUGUGAGGGACCGCUGGUCUGAGGCCCUCAUCAAACGACGAGAGUAUCUGGACGAGCAGAUCAACAAGAUCAUCAACAAACAGGAGAAGUCAGAAGAGGACAUGGAGAGGGAGGCCAGGCUGGUGGAACAGUGGGUAGGGCUGACCGAGGAAAGGAACGCUGUACUGGUGCCCGCGCCUGGCAGUGGCAUACCUGGUGCCCCUGCCCACUGGGCCCCCUCUGCUGGGAUGGAAGCUCACUUCCCAGUCCUCUUCCUGGACUUGAAUGCAGAUGACCUGACAGUGACUCAACAGUUAACGGGACCCAACGCUGCCGGGGUUAACUCUAUCCUACCCAAGGAGCACGGCAGCCAGUUUUUCUACCUGCCAAUCAUCAGACACAGUGAUGACGAGGUGUCAGCGCUGUGCUCCUGGGACUCAUCCAUCCACGACUCUGUGCACCUGAACCGCGUGACGUCACCCAACGAGCGUAUCUACGUGAUCAUUAAAGCCACGGUGCAGCUCAGCCAUCCUGUCUCCAUGGAGCUGGUGCUGCGCAAGAGGAUCUCUGUCAACAUCUACAACAAACAGAGCUUCACCCAGAGUCUGAAGAGAAGGAUGUCCUUGAAGAACACACUGUACUCCUGUGGAGUCACCUAUGAGAUUCUGUCAAAUAUACCAAAGGCGUCUGAGGAGCCUGAGGAGAGAGAGACUCUGGCCCUGAUGGCAGCGAGGGGAGACGGUGAGGAGAGUCAGGAUGGACAGACCUACAUAGAGCAAUACACCAGAGGACUUCUGGAGGUGGAGAAUAUACUGAGCCUGGAGAGACUCAGACAGGCGGUGACGGUGAAGGAAGCUCUGUCUGUUAAAGGGAGAAACAUCAGAAGGAGCUUCAGCACCCCCAACGUACAGCACACUUCCUGCAGCAAAACAGACCUGAUUGGCUGGGAGGAUGUAGACUGGAAGGACCAUUGUGACCUUCAUCAGGAUGUCUCUGACUGCACUCCCCAGGACGGUGGUUCUCUGUGUGGGACGCCACUCAGAAACAAGACAGAGAAUCACGUGCGUUCCCCCUCAGGUCUGGUACCAGAGAGCCCCACCUUCUUCAACUCCAGCCCGUUCAAGGCCCUCUCUCCCCAGACGCCCAAGUUCCUCAAGUCUCUGCUGCCAGUCAGAGAGGAGAGCAAGACCAAGAGAGUCCUGGAGGCACGACCACUACUGGGACAGGAGAGCAUGCGCUCUUCAUGUGUGGACAGCUCUGUGCUGCUCCCCCCUCCCUGCCACGGCCAAGCCCCCUGGCGCAGGCCCAGAGCGGGCAGCGAGGGCCACCGCAGCCCCUCCACCGCCACCCUCACCCCCUCCACCCUCACCCUCAGUACCUGCACCAGCAGGAAGCUCAGCCUCACACUGCCACACACCGCUGACUCUGAGGAGGAAACAGACAUGGCCCUGAGUUUGGGUCUGGGCCCUCAGGACUUCCACAGCUUCCAGUCCUACAUCCCAGAGGACUUUGCCAACUUUGAGGUGUACAACGCUGCCCUGGAGAGCCAGGAGGGGGGGACGGGGGGCAGGGGAGAGCUGAGGGGGGUUCGGGGACAUGGUGGAGGGGGGGAAAGAGAGGGGGCUCCCCGGAGCCCCACCGCCAGCAGCUGCACCAGCGGUUACUUCUCCCACAGUGCCUCAGACGCCACGCUCUCUGACGUGCCAUUCGGGGCCAGCGACAGCUCCGACCAGCUCAGCGCCUCCGCAAUGGCUCAAGACAGAAAUGACCCUGACCGGGAAACCCACAACCUCCACCCCCACGAGUCCCCCUCCUUCCACUGCACCAGCACGGCCCGAGGCUGUGUCCAGACCAGAAGUGUCUCGCCGUGGGGUGACACCCAAACCCCUGCGUUUCCCCCCGGCGUCCCCUCCCAGCCCCUCCCCACCACCUCCCCCUCCUCCCCUGUCAGUAUUCCUAACUGCUCAGAGCAGCCACCCUCCCCCUCCUCCCCUGUCAGUAUUCCUAACUGCUCAGAGCAGCCACCCUCCCCGCAGCCCCGCAGGUGUGUCCUCAGCGUCAGCCAAGAGUUUACAGACUUCAAGGGGGCCGACGACGGCAUGGAGGAUCUGGGUGAGCUGGGACACUUCCAGUCUGGGGAUGCACCACACAUAUCCCCUGUCCCAGCGGAGGAGGAGAAAGGGGGCUCUGGCAGCAGGCACCAGACCUCUGACAAAGACCUGGUCGUCAUCAACACACAACAACAACAACAUACAUCUCACCCCGGUAACGCCCGGCUCCCUCAGCCCCACUCACACCUCCACAACGGCAAACAGUGUAUCGGCAGCGUAGCCAUGCCCUGCCCACCACCCUCCAGCCCGCCAGGCCAGCUAGCAGGAGGAGAGCCCCAGAUCCAGGAGCCAAUCCAGGGAGACCUACCUCCAGGGAGCCCCUGUCCCAGCCCAUGCUGCCCUAGCCCCAACCCCAGCAGCACUGAGGCCUCUGGGGACUCCUGCAGCGGAGACGAGGGCUCUGGUUCUCCGGUGGCCCAGCUGCCUGACUGGAUGGCUCCCGGGGAGCAGGUCUGGGUGGGGAAGAGGAGCGGCACGGUGCACUACGUCGGCGGGGUGGAGUUCGCCAAGGGGAUCUGGGUCGGGGUGCAGCUGGACCUGGCUGUGGGCAAGCACAACGGGACAGUCCAGGGGAGGGUUUACUUCCGCUGUCCUCCAGGCCACGGGGUGUUCGUCAAGCCCUCCUGUCUCACUAGAGGACCCCCCUCCAUGGACACCACAGACCCCCAGCCUCUGGUCCGAUAAAAUUCACUAAACUCCCCAAAUUCCCAGUCUUUCCAGGAAUCACGGUUGGAAUAUUCCCAGAAUCAGGAGGGAAUAAGAAGGAACUCCAGAAUCCUCAAACCAGCAUUUCUGGAAAACCUGGGAAUUUGGGGAAAGGAACUUUCCACCCAGGACUAUCAUCUAAAGGGGGUACCCAGAUCCAGAGCAGUUCCUACUAGACCAGGGCCAGAUCCAGAACAGUUCCUACUAGACCAGGGCCAGAUCCAGAACAGUUCCUACUAGACCAGGGCCAGAUCCAGAACAGUUCCUACUAGACCAGGGCCAGAUCCAGAACAGUUCCUACUAGACCAGGGCCAGAUCCAGAACAGUUCCUACUAGACCAGGCCCAGAUCUAGAACAGUUCCUACUAGACCAGGCCCAGAUCCAGAACAGUUCCUACUAGACCAGGGCCAGAUCUAGAACAGUUCCUACUAGACCAGGGCCAGAUCCAGAACAGUUCCUACUAGACCAGGCCCAGAUCCAGAACAGUUCCUACUAGACCAGGCCCAGAUCUAGAACAGUUCCUACUAGAUCAGGGCCAGAUCCAGAACAGUUUCUACUAGAUCAGGGCCAGAUCCAGAACAGUUCCUACUAGACCAGGCCCAGAUUUAGAACAGUUCCUACUAGACCAGGGCCAGAUCUAGAACAGUUCCUACUAGACCAGGGCCAGAUCCAGAACAGUUUCUACUAGACCAGGGCCAGAUCUAGAACAGUUCCUACUAGACCAGGGCCAGAUCCAGAACAGUUUCUACUAGACCAGGGCCAGAUCCAGAACAGUUCCUACUAGACCAGGGCCAGAUCCAGAACAGUUCCUACUAGACCAGGCCCAGAUCCAGAACAGUUCCUACUAGACCAGGGCCAGAUCCAGAACAGUUCCUACUAGAUCAGGGCCAGAUCCAGAACAGUUCCUACUAGACCAGGGCCAGAUCCAGAACAGUUCCUACUAGACCAGGGCCAGAUCCAGAACAGUUCCUACUAGACCAGGCCCAAAUCUAGAACAGUUCCUACUAGACCAGGGCCAGAUCUAGAACAGUUUCUACUAGAUCAGGGCCAGAUCCAGAAUAGUUCCUACUAGACCAGGGCCAGAUCCAGAACAGUUCCUACUAGACCAGGGGCAGCUGUCAGCGCUCAACAGCUGAGCCCCAAAACCAGCUCUUCUUCUCUCAUUCUCACCCUCCCUCUGUUCCACUAGACUUCCGAUCAUGUGUUCUGUCUGUCGGUAUGAACGUCUGCUUUCCCUUUAACAUAUCUGUCCCAUGCGUUUUAUGAAGGCAUAUCAUCGUUCAAUAUCGUUGUUCACUGAAAGUCAAACGCACACAUCCAAGUUUUCUGCUGCGUUAUUUUAGCUAGAGAGCGUGUAGAUGGAUAGACAUGACCCACACGUGUUUAUCUGACGGUGGUAUCAUUGAAUCAGCUCAGCAGCUCAUAUUCCUGUGCAAACACCAGAUCUUCCUGUAGAGGUGACAGAGAGUUGUCAUCUGGGGUGUGUGGAUCCAGAAUGUACUAGUGUUGAUAACUCACUGUUAUCCGGAUUGGUUAUCCAUGUCACUGUGAUAUGUCGUCAGGGGUUACCAAAGAACUAAGGUUUCAUAUCUGCUGUUUUAACUGGUGUGUGUGUGUGUGUGUGUGUGUGUGUGUGUGUGUGUGUGUGUGUGUGUGUGUGUGUGUGUGUGUGUG